AUGGCUCCUCCGUGGGUCCAAGAGCUCCAUCUGCCUCAUCUCACCGUUCCCGUUACCAUCGACGCCAUGUACCCUGUCAUGCCAUCGCACCCUAUCCCCGUCCAAUAUGGAGACACCCUCUACCUCUCCAACCUCGACGACAUGAUCGGAGCUCGUGUCUUCACACCCACCGUGUACUUUUACCAACAAACCACCACCAACAGUUGUGCCAAUUCACAAAAACCCAUAGUCAAAACACUUCAAGAUGCCCUUGCUGAUGUCUUGGUCCCUUACUACCCUCUCUCAGGGAGGCUAAGGGAGACCAGCAACGGGAAAUUAGAAGUGUUCUUUGGUCCAAGCCAAGGUGCACUCAUGGUUCAGGCACAUUCUGAUGUGGCUUUAUCCGAAUUAGGAGACCUCACUGCACCAAACCCAACUUGGGAGCCAUUAAUCUUCAAGUUCCCUAAUGAAGAGCCAUACAAAGUCCUUGACAUGCCGCUUGUAAUAGCACAAAUCACAAUCUUCCGCUGCGGCGGAUUCAGCCUUGGGUUGCGACUCUGUCAUUGCAUCUGCGACGGCCUAGGAGCCAUGCAGUUUCUAGGCGCAUGGGCUGCAACUGCAAAGGCUAGGACUUUGGUAACAAAUCCAAGGCCAAUUUGGGAUAGAGAGGUUUUCAAACCCCGUGACCCUCCUCAUAUACAAUUCCCCCACAUGGAGUUUAGGAAAAUUCAAGAAGGCUCAAAUCUCACAAUGUCGUUAUGGGAAACUAAACCGUUACAAAAGUGCUAUCGCAUCACGCGCGAGUUCCAAAACCUUAUAAAAUCCCUUGCCAUGCCACGUGACGGUUAUGGCUGCACAACAUUCGACGCAAUGGCUGCACACGUGUGGAGAUCGUGGGUCAACGCCCUCGAUGUGAGACCAUUGACCUACGACUUAAGGUUGACAUUUUCUGUCAAUGCAAGACAAAAGCUUCGGAACCCACCCUUGAGGGAAGGGUUCUACGGCAAUGUAGUGUGUGUACCUUGCACAACAAGCAAAGUUUCAGAGCUUGUGAACCCUGAACGGCUUUCGGAGACAACGAGGUUGGUUCGAGAAGCAAGGCUAAGCGUGUCGGAGGAAUAUUUGAGGUCAACGGUGGAUUUCGUUGACUUGGAGAGGCCAAAGCAACUAGAGUUUGGAGGGAAGCUAACAAUAACUCAGUGGACAAGGUUUUCAAUAUACAAGUGUGCAGAUUUUGGGUGGGGAAGGCCACUAUAUGCUGGUCCUAUAGACUUGACUCCUACGCCUCAAGUUUGUGUUUUUUUACCUGAAGGACAAGAUGGUAGUGGUGGUGAUUCUUGUUCCGGUGGUGGUUCUAUGAUUGUGUGUAUAUGUUUGCCAGAAUCUGCAGCUCAUAAGUUUACUCAAGCAUUCAUGUUGUUGGAUAACUCAAAAUUCACACAUUAG